UCCGAAGGGGCAGCACGCGCCCCCGGGAGCGCCCCCGCCUCCUGCCUGGGGCCGCCGCGGGCUCGCUGAGCUGUCUUCUCCCUCCGGCCGGCAGGCUGGGCGCACAGGGGCGCGGGCCCCCGCCCGGCGCGCAGCGGCACCAUGGGCACGGUGCUGUCCCUGUCCCCCAGCUACCGGAAGGCCACGCUGUUUGAGGAUGGCGCGGCCACGGUGGGCCACUACACGGCCGUGCAGAACAGCAAGAACGCCAAGGACAAGAACCUGAAGCGGCACUCCAUCAUCUCCGUGCUGCCUUGGAAGAGGAUCGUGGCCGUGUCGGCCAAGAAGAAGAACUCCAAGAAGGUGCAGCCGAACAGCAGCUACCAGAACAACAUCACGCACCUCAACAAUGAGAACCUGAAGAAGUCGCUGUCGUGCGCCAACCUGUCCACGUUCGCCCAGCCCCCACCGGCCCAGCCGCCCGCACCCCCUGCCAGCCAGCUCUCGGGCUCCCAGACCGGGGUCUCCUCCUCGGUCAAGAAGGCCCCGCAUCCUGCUCUCACCUCCGCAGGGACGCCCAAACGUGUCAUCGUCCAGGCGUCCACCAGCGAGCUGCUGCGUUGCCUGGGCGAGUUUCUCUGCCGCCGGUGCUACCGCCUGAAGCACCUGUCCCCCACGGACCCUGUGCUCUGGCUGCGCAGCGUGGACCGCUCGCUGCUUCUGCAGGGCUGGCAGGACCAGGGCUUCAUCACGCCGGCCAACGUGGUCUUCCUCUACAUGCUCUGCAGGGACGUCAUCUCCUCCGAGGUGGGCUCGGACCACGAGCUCCAGGCCAUCCUGCUGACCUGCCUGUACCUCUCCUACUCCUACAUGGGCAACGAGAUCUCCUACCCGCUCAAGCCCUUCCUGGUGGAGAGCUGCAAGGAGGCCUUUUGGGACCGCUGCCUCUCCGUCAUCAACCUCAUGAGCUCCAAGAUGCUGCAGAUCAACGCCGACCCACACUACUUCACACAGGUGUUCUCCGACCUGAAGAAUGAGAGCGGUCAGGAGGACAAGAAGCGGCUCCUCCUCGGGCUCGAUCGGUGAGCCCUGUAGCCCGCAUCCUGGCUCAAGGAUUCAAUUCAUUUUUAAAAAUUUAUUAUUAAGCAAAUCAGAUUUUGUGUACAGUAUGUGUCUAGCAAAGCCACCGAGGGCCUGUCCCUUCCCACCUUCUCUCCUUGGGGUUUUCCUCAGCCCUGCUGAGAACUCUGGGCGCUUUUGAACUCCUGAACCUUGUGCAAAACCCAGAAGAUGUAUCCAGAGCCACCCAGGCCACCGACCUCUCAACUUUGGGGAAUUCAAAGGACUGACCUGCCUCUGCCACCUGUGCCCUUGCUGGACCAGGGCAGGUGAGGCUGCCCGCUGCGUCUGGCAUGGGAGCCGGAGGUGGGGGGGGGGGGCCCUCUGGCCAGUUGGCCCAGGGAGCAGUUGGCAUUUCCGGUUGGAGGUCCUUUUCUGGCUCCUGUUUUGGGUCGUCCAUUCUCCCAGAGGCUUGUGGAGCUCGCCGCCCUGACCGAGCCACGAGUGGGGUUGUGAAGGCCGGAUACCUGCCACCCGGGGACCACUCUUCAAUCAUGGAGAAGCCGGCCUGGUACAAAGAUUGCGUCCUGUCGUUUGGCCGCACACGACCCUGGUUUGCUCUUUUUUCUUUUUUAGGGAGAAGGGCUUUCCUUUAGCGAAGACACAGAACUUGCCCC